GGCGCGCUCCUGGCCACUUCUGGUUUGGUACUGCCCAAUGGGAAUGAAUUUUUGCUUAAACUUAAAAUUAUGCCUUAGUUUAUCUCAAUACCUCCAAAGAGGGCAACGGCUUCUUAGCUCAGACAACUGUGGGAAUGGUGGCUGAAUAUUGCACGAUCUCUCAUUUUUAAAAGAUAUCAGAAAUCCCACGUGGUGGUACCCAUGGGAGUGGACAUCAGAUCAACCUGAUUCCCUUGGGAGUCCACUUAUGGCCUCUUCUGGUUCCUGUAGGAGGGAUUUGGUCAUCACCCCUUGUGCCAGCCGCCGUGGAAAGGGACUGGCAAUCCUUGGUCCCCAAGGGAGCAAUGGGCAGCCACCCUGGUUCCUCUGAGUGUGCGUGUGUGUGUGGUGGGGAACCUGUGGCUAACCCUGGUCCCUUUGGGAGGGGACUGUGGCUACCCAGCCCUCCUUGUCUAAGUGGAAAAGGACCUGUUAUCAUCUCAGAUUACAGGCCACAUGGAUGCAGACAUAUGGUCACUCUGGGACCACCAGAGGAGCCUUUUCUGGUUCCCAUGUAGGGGACGCGCGGAUGCCCCGGUGCUGGUCCCAUGGGAGGGACCUCGCGGACGAACCCCCACCCCCUACCUUUCCGGGCACGCGCCCCACUCGCCGCCCCGCACGCCCCAGAGCCCCGGCGCCGGAACCGGCGAGCGCGGGCGCGGCCUGGGGAGCCGCGGGCGGACUGACUGAGCCCGGCCGCCCGCCGCCCCGGUCCGCGGCCCCACCCCCGCCCCGGGCCCGGCCUCGGCGGGCGGUGGAUGGCCGGGCGCCGGCGGCGGCAUGCGGCUCCUAUUCCUGGCGGUGCUCCGGCGGCACACGGGCAACGCAGUCACCGCCCAGCGCGUCCGGGACCAUCUAGAAGCUGCAGGUCAUGUGUGUAUUCUGAAAGAUGCCUUUGACUUUGAAAGUCCAUCUGAAAUCUCAAACUUCAUCAAGGCAGAAAACUUGGAGGGAGCUGUGGCUCUGCAUUUGUAUAGAGGAGGCAGACUUUUGCAAGGUAAUGGAAUUCCUUUUGGAAUCAUCUUUGGUGGAACUGAUUUAAAUGAAGAUGUUAACCAGGGAGAUAAAAACAAAGUGAUGGGAAAAGUCCUUGAAGAAGCCAGGUUUGCUGUCGCUUUCACGGAGUCAAUGAAGGAAACGGCACAAAGACAGUGGUUAAAAUACAGAAAGCCAGACAGAUCUCAUUGGCUGUCAUAUGCCCGGUUCAUGGCACAGCCACAUGCUAAGGAUAAGAUCUAUGUCCAGAGUCAAGGAAUUGCAACAGUGCCGAACACCGCCUUUAACUGGAAUACUUUUCUUCAGUGUUCAGAGAUUAACCAAAGUGCUGACAAUCUACACGUGUUUCUCCUGAUCUGUGGACUCAGACAAGUGAAAGACCCUCUCUAUUUGGUGGAUGCAUUUUCCGAAUGGCAUCAAGAAGAGCCCAACAUUUACAUGGUUAUUGUUGGUCCUGAAGUUGAUCCAGUCUUUACAAGGGAAGUAAAAGCCAAAGUAAAGAGGACCCCUGGGGUACGACUGAUCAGGGAGAUGGCUCAGGAAGACCUCCAUGCAGUCAUGAAGAAUUGCUUCGCACUGGUGAAUAGCUCUGUCUCUGAAGGCAUGUCAGCCGCAAUUCUGGAGGCAAUGGAUUUGGAAGUCCCAGUGUUGGCGAGGAACAUCCCUGGAAACUCUGCGGUGGUGAAGCAUGAAGUUACAGGAUUGCUGUUUUCAGACCCUCAGGAGUUUGUUCAGCUGGCAAAGAGACUGGCUCCACCUACCUCCAGUCGAAUUGGGUUUGAAAAUCAGUUGGCACUAAGGCCACAUCAACCCAUGGCCUGGAAGACACUGGAACUGACUCUGGGUUCAGCAUCAGGGACUCAGCCUCAGCGACCCAGCAGUGAGUGGAGAUCAGGUCACCAGCCUCCAGCCCAUCUCAGGACUGGCACGUGGGUCCCGGUGACCUUAUCCAACAUGGGGCAAAUUCUUAACCACUGGACCACCAGAGAAGUCCCCACUGUCACUUUGAAAACUCCUGAUGCUUGGGCUGCCUCUCAGACUGAUUACAUCAGAGUCUUGGAGGUGGAGGCACCCAGGCCCGAAGUUUCCCUGAUCCAAUGUGCAGCCACAAGGGACAAGGACUGACUGAAACAUCCACUUGAAUAUGGACCAGAAUUUCAGGGAAAACAAGGACCAUUGAAGUAAAGGUUGGUUGUGACUUUGUAUUAAAAACUGAAUCCCAACAUUAAGAACAUAGAGUACAUUCGUCUAAUGUUUACUAAGAUGUAUUUCUGCAGAUAGAAUUGAAACUCUCAGCGCAGUGCCAAGAAAUAUUUCACACAAACAAUAAGCAAAACCCAUCCACUGGGACUUCAUCAAUAUUCCUCAGAGCUUCUUUUCUUCCUUUGAUGUUGUGGUUUUCUUCCACAGUGUCUGCCCUAUCAUCAUCCUUAAGUCACUCAUUACCUGGUUCCAUCCUGCCAGAGCCUCCUUUGCCUAGGUUUUAGGUAAUUUUCUAGCAUCUGUUUCAUCCAUUUCAGGAAAAUCCUGCAUCUUCUGCAAGGUUUGCUAUUUCACUUUUUAGCUGACUUACAUCGUGUUGACAUUUAAACAUGUAGAAUGUGGAACCAUCAUUAAGAGGGGCCAACUCUAUCCUGGGUAAGGGGAGUGGAAGGGUAUUAUUUAGAAUUAACAUUUGGGUAUGACUGACAGAAAAUCCAAAAUAAUAGUGGCUUAAGCAGAAGAGAAAUAUAAUUUUAUCUAUCAAGUAAAGAGAGUAAUUCAGCUCAGAUUGUGCUUCCCAGGGUCAGGGACCCUCCAUCCUCAGCAGGUGUUCCUCUCUACCCACCCCCCAUGGUGUAAGGUGGCUGCCCAAGCACUGCCAUCAUGCCUGAAUUCCAGGCUGCAGGAAGAUGGAAAGUGGGAGCAAAGAUUUAUCUCUUCCCUUUAAGGAAAAUUCCUGUUUCCAGUUACAUACUGUGCCCACAUCCCAUUGUAAGGGAAGCUUAGGAUUGCAGGCUUUUCUCCCAGCAGCCAUGUGCCCAGUUAAAAACCAAGUGUCUAUUAUUGAGACUUCCCUGGUGGUCCAAUGACUAAGACUCUGUGCUCCUGAUAUAGGGGGUUCAGAUUUGAUCCCUGGUUUGGGAACUAGAUCCCACAUGCCACAAAGAGUUCACAUGCUGCAACUAAGAGCCACAGCAGCCAAAUAAAUAAAUAAAGUAAACAAAACAAAACAAAAAAAAACAAACAAACAAUGAUCUAUAAUCAAAACAGAAGGGGAUGAACAACCAGAGCAGACUAUCCUAGAGCUAUGGGACAGUUUCAAAAAGUGUAAUAUGCAUAAUGAGAAUGCCAGAAGGAAAAGAGAGAAAGAAACAGAAGAAAUAUUUGAAACAAUAACUCCGAUAGUUCUCCAAGAUCAAGGUCAGACACCAAACCACAGAUUCAGCAAACUCAGAAAUCAUCAAGAAAGGUAAAUGCCAGAAAAAUAUACAUGUAAGCUUAACACAUUCAAACUACAGAAAAUCAAAAAUAAAGAAAAAAAUACCUUGAAAGAAGUCACAGGGGGAAAAAACCCCCACUUUCGUAGAGAGGAAAAAAUUUACAGGAAUUAUAUCUGACUUCUAUGGAACCAUGCAAACAAGAUGAGAGUGGAGUGAAAUAUUUAAAGUUUUUUUAAAAAGAAAGAGAGACUUCCCUGGUGGUCCAGUGGUUUAGAAUCCACCUUCCAUCUAGAAAGAUGGUACUGAUUAACCUAUUUGAAGGGCAGCAAAUGGGCAUCCCAAGUGACACAAGUGAUAAAGAACCCACCUGCCAAUGCAGGAGACAUAAGAGAUGCGGGUUUGAUCCCUGGCUUGGGAAGAUCCCCUGGAGGAGGGCACAGCAACCCACUC